CUAGCCAGCUAGCACAGAGGUCAGGCGCAGAUAACGGAUGGGUGUAGUAGACUAAGGGUUUAGCUGGAGAUAUGAGGAUCGAGGAGCCUUGGGGCCAGAAAGGAGGGGCUGCCCAAAGUAUAUCCAUACGCUCUGAUCUUCAACAUUACUGAAAUAGAAUUUACAGCAUUAAUGGAGAUUAGUUUCACCAUAAAUGAAAAAUGGAGGUUCUGCAUAUUUGCAUGCUUCGUAGGCUCCAUCAUCCUGCUUUACUAUCUGAAUCAUGAACAAGAGCGCGUAAACCUUUCGGCUUUGGGCAACAUUGCCAUAUCCACGACAUCAUCCAAUUACUCGGAGCAGCAUUCAGCAGCUGACAUGGCUUUCACUGCUUCCAGAAACAUUGCCAUAACCAUGUCAUCGUCCGACGACUCGAAUCAACAUCCAGCAGCUGACAUGCAGCUCUUGCAACCAUCGAACAUAACAGAAAAUGGAACAAACGUAAACGAGAAGGAAGAUAGCUGCAAUAUCUUUGAUGGUAAAUGGGUUUAUGACCCAACGACAAGUCCUCUGUAUCAUGGAUCACAAUGUCCAUUUCUUAGUGAGCAAGUUAGUUGCCAAAGGAAUGGCAGGCCAGAUUUCGAGUACGAAAAUUGGAGCUGGGAAGCCAAGAGGUGUCAGAUUCCAAGGUUUAAUGGUACAAACAUGUUAGAGAGACUUAAAGGGAAGAGAUUGAUUAUAGUUGGGGACUCCAUCAACAGAAAUCAAUUUGAGUCUCUUGUUUGCCUUCUCUACUCUGCUAUUCCUUCCUCGCAAGCUGACGUUGAUAUGAAGGGACGCUCCAAGUUUUUUAGAGCGAAGGAGUACAAUUGUUCUGUGGAGUUCUAUUGGAGCCCUUUUCUUGUGAAAUUGAAACGAAAGCAAGAACUUGGUGGCCGAAUUCUAAUGCUAGACAAACUUUCUGACUGGGAAAGGAACUGUCGUGGUGCUAAUAUUAUGCUAUUUAACAGUGGUCAUUGGUGGCUUCAAGGUGGGAAUUUCAAAAGAUGGGACUUGUUUCUGUAUAAGGGAAAGGUAGUGGAGGAGAUGGAAAUCCAAUCAGCAUUUGGGAAGGCAAUGAAGACCUGGUCUCGUUGGAUUGAUCGCAACGUAGACAAGACCACUACAAAGGUUUUUUUCCGAAGCUUCUCACCAGCACACCUUGGGAAGGAAUGGUGCUACAAUCAAACCCAACCCAUCAAGAAUGAGUCCUUUAUAGCAAAAGUUCCCGGUCCGAUGGAAGAGGUCAUUGAGAAAACAAUUGGACUUAUGAGGACACCGGUGAGGUACUUGAACAUCACAAAACUAACUCAGUAUCGAAAAGAUGCGCAUACGUCAGUUUACACAAUAAGACAAGGGAAGCUUCUUACGGCAGUGCAACGAAGACAACCAGAGUCCUAUGCUGAUUGCAGCCACUGGUGUUUGCCUGGAGUGCCGGAUACAUGGAACAGACUGUUGUAUGUAUCUCUGGUCAUGGACAUUCUCCAAUGACAAUUUACUUUUUAACAUCUGGCUCUUUGGUUUACAAAAACAAAAAUUUAGAAUGCUGCCCAAUUGAGACUAAGGUUUGGUUUAUUUUUUAGAUUUUAAGAGAUGAACUUAUCGAAUUUUUGUAUCCAAGAUAUAUUAUUUUAUCAUUUUCAA